AUGUCUGAUCACAUCAACAAGUACGACUAUGUCCGCUUCUCUGUGGCUGAUAUGCACGGAAGAUUACGAGGAAGAGUUGUUCCUGCAAGACAUGUGAAGAUAACCUUGGAGACAGGUGUCAAUUGCAACCUUUACGCAGGUUUCCUAGCUUUUGGCCUGCACAACGAAGCGACUUAUCCAUCAGACAAAAUGGAAAAUUCAAGAGUGCCGAAGGCCUAUGCACGCCCGGAUCUGGAUACACUGUACAAUGUCUCUUGGUCAGGGCAGGAUGAUAUCAUGGUGGCCGAAAUAAUAUGUGAGAGUUACUGGCUGAAUGAUGGAUCGGCACAACUUGCAUGUCCUCGAUAUGUUGCCAGACAACAGUUAGAGAAACUGACCAAUUUGGGAUUUAGCCUCUUUUCUGGAUACGAAAUUGAAUUCACACUGACACAAACUGGCAAAGCAUAUCCUCAUGAACCAGGUUAUAUGCGUCAAAGAUUAGUCAGCAAACAUGACAGCUUAAUAUUUUACCUCGAAAAACAUAUGCACCAAGCAGGUGUUGACAUCGGAACUUUCCAUUCUGAGGGCGAUCCUGGGUUGUUCGAGAUUCUAAUCAAAUCCUCGUGUGGCAUUGAAAGUGCUGAUUCGUGUAUUAUCUUCAAAAAUGGAAUUCUAGAAAUGGGGGAUAAGAAAGAUUAUUCAGUUAAUUUCACCUCUAUGCAGGAAUCUGGCGCAGUAGGAAUGCAUUUUAACCAUUCACUUUGGUCCUUAUCCGAUGGCAUCAAUGUUUUCCAUGAUCCUGACAAUCCUCAUGGUCUUAGCACCUUAGGAAAACACUGGUUGGCUGGUCUCAUGAAACAUGCGAAGGCUCUGAGUGCGUUCUUCUGCCCGACCAUCAAUUGUUACGAUCGCUUGCACAGACCCAAUCUUCCUGGACUCAUCUACUGGAGCACUGAUAAACGUUCUGCGUGUUUGAAAUUGAAGUCUUCAGAAAGGGGUACUUACCUGGAAAAUCGUAUUCCCAGUGGUAUGACAAACCCCUACCUCACCAUGGCCGCCACCAUAGCUGCAGGCCUUGACGGAGUUGUGAAGAAGCUGGAUUGUCCACCCUCGGAUACCUUCUCUUCUUCUGAUGCUCUUCCCCCCACCCUUUCAGAGGCUAUAAAUGAUCUUCUGGCGGACAAGGAUAUAGUCUACAGUUUGGGAAAAGAAUUUAUUGACUGGUUUGUUUGUACCAUAAAGACUGACAUUAAUGCUGCUACUGAAAUGGUAUGCUCGGGAAUCAAAUGA